CGCUGCAGCAGUUGCCUCAAGUGCAAUUACCCCGUGAAAUGUGUUUAUAACAGUUCUGAUCACUCCUAAAAUAAGCUACUUACUUACAGUUUGUCGGCUUCCUGUUGUGGACUAUUCUGUAUUUUUUCAGGAAAUGCAGUUUUUUGUGGAUUCAUCCUUAAGGCUAUCGACACUGAUUCACAUUAAACGCAAGUUUAAUUCUUUUUAGUGUGCUGCUUGAUGGAACGGGAAUCUAUAGAGAAAUAGCGAAAGGAGUGGAAAGGUAUUAAUGAAAGAGGAAGAAGACAAUUCUGUACGGUCUGAAAGUGGACCUGCCACAUCCAGAGAGCCAGAGAUGCAGGAGGGACUAGGGAGAGGGGAGCAGAUGCUAAACACCAUAUCAGAGUAUGAGGGGGAAAGUGCUGCCCCCUGCCAGGACCCCCCAGGUGACAGUGAGCAGGGGAGAUCCAGCUGCUUCUCCAGUGUCUCCAGUGACACCCUCCAACCUAGCAUGGGAGAUGACUGUGCAGCUAUCAUACUGACUUGCCUCUUCUGCCAGUUGUCGGACUUCUUCCACAUUCUGCCUGAAGUAUUCAACAGAGCCCUGGACCGCUGCUUCCCCUCAUGCAAGUACCUAUGCGCACUGUCUGAGCCAAAUUGCGACCUUGACUGCUGCAACUGCACACUGGACCUGGACUGUGGCUUGAUGGGCUCCUGCCACGAGGCCACUGAGCUUCUGGAACUAGCCCUGGAGGUCUCUGAGGUCUGCCAUCGCUGAGCUCGGCGUGGCGAUCAUGCAUACAGGCAGGUGGAUGGUGCAUGUGCAGGGUUGGAGUCAGACUGAGGCAGACAGAGGGCUUUGUGACAAGGUGGACAAUUUCUACCAGGCCUGUGCUGGUCCGGCUGAUGAGAAAGAGGAAAAAGGUGCUUGCAGCUGACACUGCUAAAUGCAUGGAAAUGAACACACAUCUGUGGUUUAUUAGCCUUUUGUGCUGUGGAUGCCGUUAUGUUUCCUGUGUUGGCAUGAACGUGUAAAUGACUGUGCAGACAAACUCCACUCUGCGCUUAGCCCAGUGUUCCCGCAGCUUUGUGUGUGUAAAUGUAUAUGUCGUGCAUUCUGAGGCAGCUGUGCUGUGAGGGAGCAUUAU